AUGUCAAAUUUUGCUCCGCUAGGAGAGCGGAUAUUUAUAAAACCCAUAGAACAAGAACAGACCACCCGCGGUGGAAUCUUCCUGCCGGACACCGCUAAGGAAAAGCCUCAGGAAGGUGAAGUCAUCGCUGUGGGCCCGGGCCGGGCCACUGACGAGGGAAGCCGAAUUCCCAUGGAAUUGAACGUUGGUGAUCGGGUCAUUUACUCCAAGUUUGCCGGGACCGAAUACAAAGACGGCGACGACGAGUACCUAAUAAUGCGCGAAAGCGACGUUCUCGCCAAGGUUUCCUAG